GUGGGUUUGCAAGAGCUGUGGUCGUUGUGAUGAAGUUGGAAAUGGCGUCGGACAAGUUGUGGCAGCGCGGUUUUGACGAAUGUGGCAAACGCCGGAAACUUCUGGAAUAAUUUCGCGUUACGAGUUAUCGAUGAUGAAACGAGAAAGGUAGGUUUAUUAAUUACGUAAAAUUUGGGCUAUUUAGGAUUAAUAUCCUUACUCUUCUAAAGGUCUGCAUUCUGCACAGAUGAAGUUGCGAAUACAUCUCGCCAAACUGUGGUACGCAAACGUAUCCAAGUGGUCAGGCUAAUUGCGGGUUGUUAUGUUUUCAGCGCAAUUAUUAGAUAUCUAUGGAAGGUUUCGAGAAAUCUGUAAAAGAUGAAUAUUACUUUUGUGUAUUACUGCACCGACUGUUUUGCUUGAUUGCAUGAGAUGUGCUCCUGAUUUCCUUCACGCAAAACUCCUAGUUUCCGGACGAAACCUUACGGAAAGGUCGUCUUUCAUAACACGCUGGAAGGCGAUAACACCGGUAGAAGAACUUUUCCUGCAACUUUUAACUCAUUCGUCAGAUUAUCUUUCCUGUCUAUAUAACGAACAACUUCAUGCUUCAAAUUCUAUUGUAAUUUGUAGGAGCAAUGCAUCUAUUUUGGCUCGAAUUGAAUAGCUGAUUCAGUCUAUUCAAAUUGGAAGGUCAAAUUAUUUAUUUGAUCGCGUGUGAUUCAUUCAUCAAGGCGGUCGAUUCGGUUAAUAAAAAUUUUUAAAGAUAAGUGAUAUUGGCGUGUUUUCUUUCAAACCAAAAUUAAAUGUUGGCUUAUAUCAAUGAUGAGAUUCCUUUAAGAUUUCUAUAACUUUUGAUUCAAAAUUAUUUCGAUAAAAGCGUAUUGUUCAGUUUGAUUAAGGAAUUUUCCCCAGGAAACUGCUUCAGUUUACUCAUUGUUAUUUUUUUCUAGAAUGCGGACUAAAGCUGACCCUAAGUUCGUUAAGUACGAUUGUCGUCUUUGCGGCUUUAAACACGUUAUAUUGAGGAAGAAGUGUGGCUUUGAAAGCGUAAAAUACCACUUAUUUUAGUACUACUCAGUCAAUACCAACAAUGUAAAUAUUUUCAGGAUAAUCCAUAAGGUAAUGCCAUUCAUUUGGGCCACUGAACUGUUUGAUGAGUCGAAUUACGACCAUUUCGGAGAUACAAGUGUAUAUAUAUCACAGAUAUAUGCUUAAAUAGUCUGUUACAACCUGCUUACUAUAUCUUUUGGAGCUCAAGUGCACAAAUUCAUUCUGACGAGUAUAUAAAUUGUACAGUUCAGUCACUUUCAGGUAAGCUCAACGAAGUUAUUUUUUAAUUUGUUGGUUAGAUAAAUUUAGUUUAAGUAGUUGAUUACAAGAGCAAAUUAUCUGAAUUGUGUAGUGGCCAUGUGCAACAAAAUGAUAAUGAUAAAAGAAAUCAUGUCCCUGAUACAUUUAGUUCACCAAAGUAAUAUUGGUUUUUAUUCAAUACUGCACCUGUACAGAUCUGCUGUCUUGUUUUUCACUUCCUUUAAUAAACGAGUUAUUAAUUUCUUGAACCCCAAAGUGAAUGUAAUUAAAACUGGCUUCUUGUCCCUUAGAUUAAAACACUGUAGCUUUUACAGUAUGUUACAUGAUGUAGUCCUUGAGUUUUCGAACUUUCUGAACAUUUGAAGCAACACCAACCAAACUGAACACAGAAAUUUCCAUGCUUCCUGCCCAUACUUGAUACCUGUUUGUAAUUCGUUAGGAUAUAUGCCCCUCAUGUCGUUACAUUAUUGUGCAUGUUGUAACUGAGUCUUCUUUUUGCUUUCUUCUAACCCAUUGGACUGUAUGUACAUAAUUAUCGUGGACCAUGGGCGAGUGCCUCUUUGAGCACUUGGCAGGCAUUUUGUUUCUUUAUUGGCAUUUAUUCAACAACUGAUCACUUUGAUUGAGUGCACUAGUAUUGGUACAUUGUUUUGUUUCAUUGAUUGACAAUAAUUUACUGUAGGUCCUUUUUCUUCAAUACUGUUCAAUAAAAGUUUUUGAAACAUACUUUGUUUCUGUCAAGCAGGCUGGAAAAGUUCCUCUUUGUGUGUGAUAAAAAAUGAUGUCCCUAUAGAUGUAAAAAGAGCCUUUUAUGAGUAUUGUCCUUACCCCCUCACAAAGGUUUACAAUAAUUAAUUAAUAAUUUUCAAUAAUUAUUAGGUAACCAAAAAAUAGUUUGGGUUAUUGUUUUAUUGACUAUUUAACUAAGAACAAAGUUGGUCUUUGUGAAAUUAUUUUCUGUGAUUUUACCAGAUGCAAUUAUGUCUUUUGCAUUCAAUUCAGAACAAGUGCUGUAUAGUGAAACCUGGUUAAUAUGGACACCAAGGGGACGUGCCAUGGUGUCCCUAUUAUCCUGGUGUCUGUACUAAGCAGGUUUGAUUUUAGAGAAAAUCAUAUUUUCUCUAAAAAUAACCCGCUUAUAUCAGAUAUCAGUCUUUUCAGUUUUGGGACAAAGGAAACUUUCAGUAUUAUAUGCAGGUGUCCGUAGUGUCCAUGAAGCGGGCUUCCACUGUAUCUCUAUAGUUACAAUGUAACACACUUGUCAUCAGUAUAGAUAAUUGUAGGUUUAUUAUUUUUGAUCUCAUAACAAGGCCUCAAAUGUUCAGUUUAUACAUUGCUUACUGCUAUAUAAUGUAUGUGUUACAGUUAAAUUUAAUUUCAUGUUGAUUUUGACUUAACCUAGGUUGAUUCUAAAUUUCAUUUGUCUCCAAGCCCUAAGAGACAAAGGAAAUUGAGAAUCAACCUAGGUGAAAAACAUUUUAACCUGAAAUCAGAUUUGACCUGUUACAUUAUAUAGUUAUGUUAAAUGCUAAAGCCAUCCGUAAAAGUCCAUGUCUUGUUUCAAUGUUUAAACCUCAUUGUCUUGUUAAUUUUCUUUACAGAGCUAAUCACUUGACGGUGUUCAAAGCAAGUAGUGUGAUUAUAUGUGAUGAAUAGGAAAUUAUAAAGGUUAAAACGCUGCGAACAAGUGAUCUUAUAAUGAAGGACAAUCCUGUAGUGCAGUAUAAUGGUGGUAAUGAUGACGAAGAAGAGGAAAGCACCGUGGAGGUGCUUGUUUCUAUACCAGACAGAAGAGUCAAGGUAAAAGUAGCUGAUGAAGAAAAAAAAGCAAACAUGUACUAAACUCUCCAAGCAAUGAAACUGGUUCACUCCCCAAAUGUUCAGUAGUUACGGACGGUGCUAUCCACCCAGGCCUGCAUGUACAUGUAGUUGUUCAAAAGAUGGAUAAAGCUAUCCAUUAGAUAAAUCUGGUUCCACAAUAGGUUUCCUCAAUACGUAUAUGCUGGAUAGUAAUGGUGGAUAGUGCUAUCUAACAUUUGAAAUGACUGAGGUGCUGGGUCACCCUCAGAUUGUUUGAUCCAGUGGCACCUAUCUAACCCUGGUUAUUAGUACCUGUGAAGCAGCACCGAUAUCUUAGUUCUGGGCCCCCAACAAAUUACUGGAAAUGUGUUUUGAAUUUCCCUUCAAUUGGACUGGCAAAACAACUACAGUGAAACCUCUAUUAAGCGGACACCUUUGGGACUUUCCCAAGUGUCUGCUUCACAGAGGGUGUCGUCUUAAUAGGGGUUGUAAAAAUUGCACAAUGUUUGUUAUCAAUCAACAUUCAACAGUUACUCUGUACUGUGAUAAAGUUGCAUGUUGCAUGACUACCGCACAGGUUGUCGAAACGUCACUGUCAACACAGGUGGGGACCCAGAACAAGGAAUUUGGUGCUGUUUCACAGAUGGACUUAGCCCAGAAGUUUUAAGUUCUGUCUGUGACGCUGGCCACACCAAUCAUGUGGAUUGUAUAGUUGUUUACAUGUACCAAGUGCAAUUAUUGUUCUUGCACAAGUCAUCUACACUGUAAGAUAAUAUUGAUUAUUAUGAUGAUUACAGAGAAGCUUAUUUUGCAGAUGAUGAUUUCCCCAAGAGGACUUGCUUUAAAAAUAAUUUAAAUGGUUUCUUUGCCUUGUCUUCUCGGUGUCUUAUUUCAGUUUAUGUAUUGUGUCAAAUUUUUAGAAAUUGUAUCAUUUUGAUAAACAAGACAAACUUUGGACUGCUAAACUGCUUGUGAUUAGUGAGUUAAUGAAGGUAAGAAGAUGUAGCCUUAUUGAUGGUAUUAUUUUAUAAAAUGUCUUUAUGUCUAGUUAGUACAGUACAGUAAUUAAAAUGAAAUGAACUGCAUGCAAUGGAACAUGGUGCUCUUUUUUACUUGUUACUGUUACAGCCAAAUCUGGUUUGGCAGACACCUUGCUACACUGUAUCUCAGACAUCCUGCUAAGAUAAACAACAGCUAAAAUCACUGGCAUUUGACUGAAACCAUUUCCUGCUAAUGGGACUUCAUUAAUAAAGGACUUACCGUAUCAAACCUUUUUUCUGGUCUCAACAUCACAGUUUUAAUCUGUACAUUAACAUGUAUCUUGGAGUUUGUUUUUUUCUUUAUUUCCCGUAAUUUUUUUCUUUUUCCUGGGUAUGGUAAUGUACAGUGUACGCCAAUGACUUUUAAAAAGCAUUUGAAAUUCAUGUUAAUAUUAUUAACUGCAACAUGUAGUCUAUGAUUUAAGUACAGGCUGUAGUGAGGUAAUGAUCAUGCCUGACCUACAAUUCACAUGCAUUAACUAGUAAAGAGACAUUUUAGUCUUUGCACUUGAGCAGGCAAGAUAUUGAGUAUAACUGGUUGUGUCUCAGGGUGCUAAAGAUGGUUUGAAUUAUGCAUUCUAUGAUCCACCCUACAAUGGUAAGUCUGGCAAAUUUCUUGAGGAGGAGAGGCUUUUCAUUGACUACCCACUUAACGGAUCUCCACCAAUUCUUGAGGUUAGUGGCAGGCUUUGAUAAUUUUUUACAAGCUUGAUACGUAGAGGAUAUUACAUAGCUACACGGGGAUAAAAAAUAAACACCAAUGAAAUACCAAACCAUUUCACUUUAAUAGUUUUUUGGUGUGAAAGGCGUGAUUUAUUAUGUAGCCAUAGCAACGGUGAUAUUUUCACAUGUGAAUAUAUCAAGUUUUUGCGUGAAAGCUCACCUGGUAUUUCAUUGGCGUUUAUAUGAUAAAUUAUUUUAUUAUCUUUAUUGAAUAGGACAUUUCUGAGUUCCAAAACUCUCACCUUAAAAAUGAGGCUAAGUGCAAACCCUUUUUUUUUUUUUGUGAAAAUGAGUUUUUUUGCAUGGGAAUAAAAAAUCAUUUUCAUAUCAGUGGUUCACACACUUAGCCUGGCUUUGAAACAGAAGCUUGUGGCAACUUGGAAGUGGCCUUUGGCUAUUGAUUUCUGCAAACCAUUGUUGUAUAUCUUGCCUGAAUAGAAUAGGUCAUGCAUAUUACACAGUACCUGUAAAUUUAUAUUUGCUUUUAAGAAAUGAUAUUCUUUAAGGGUCCAUUCUGGUUUGUAUGGUGUAAUUUUAGCUAUCAAAUCUGUUUAAUUUUGUUGCCAUGGGGAUUUUUGCUGUUUUCAAGGAAUUCUUUAGUUAAAAUCAAGGGCAAUCUGUUGCAUCUCAUCUAAGACAGUAGCAAAACUUUAAAGAAAGUACAUGCAAUUUAAUUUUUUAAUUUUUUUAUCUUUACAUUUUUUUUAUCUUUAGUUUUAUCUUAGUUUGCACUAAUGACAAGUUUUUAUAAUUAUUUUGAGAUAAUGUCUAUAUAAGUGAGUUAACUAAGAAUAAAAGAGGACUUUUAUGUUCAUUGCUAUUGCAUUGUCAGUUUAAGCGCAAAGGAAGAAUCUACCGUUCUAUGGGUUAUGAUCCAAAGACUUUGCAGAAAGUCAAUUCAAAGGUGAGUUAACGAAAAAGCUGCUAUCAUUUUAGCAGUAGUCGUGCUAUACAAAAAAAAGCUAUUUUUCAGUUGUACAGCUCUCUAACUUAACCCAUGCUUGGUGUUGAUAUAUACAGGGACAAAUUAAAACUUUUUAUUUCGUAAAAGUACAUGUAAACUUGUCUGUUAAAAAUAAGUUACUCAUUGGUGUUCUACUGAAUUGUUGAUGUAUGAGUCCUAGUCAAUACCUUAGUGCCACAGUCAGUUAUUUAUUAACCCGUGAUCAAGAAUUCCUUGAUCACCUCGUGGUUUUUUUAUGAGGAGACGAAGGUGACAAAAUCUAUCUAGUUGCAUCGGAAGUCAGAUAUGUUGCUUGACCAAUCAGUGCAGGGCUCCGAAGGAUCUUUUUUUUCGGACCAAUUAGACAAAAGUGCAGGACUAUGGGCAGACCACGCGUAAGGUGUCCUUUUCCCGUCGUCUCCCAAGGUAAAAGGGACGAAGGCCACCUGAUUGCAGGUUAUUUAUUUAUUAUUAUGAUUAUGAUUAUGAUUAUUAUUAUUAUCAUCAGCAUGCAACGUGCAAAGAAAGUACUGUCCGAUAGCCUGGGGCUAGAGGAUUUUUCUGUCGGGCUAAUGACUUUUGUUCUUAGCUUGCCCGAUGGGCAAGUGAAGUUUUUUGAGAAUUCAAAUCACAGAAGGACCGUGUAUUCAAACCACCUCAUCAAAGAGCUUUUAGGGCUAGUUAAAGUGAUGUUUGGGCUAGUACAUGCUACAUGUAGCUACAGCUAGCCCGAAUGGCAAGCUGUAAAACUGACUGUCUUUGCACCCUGGUUAUUAUUAUUAUUUACCACUAAUUGUGUGAAAUUUGUCAUUUUUUUUUUUCAGGCAAAACAGAAAAAGUUUAUUGAGCUGGUUUCUGGCAAUGCAAUCAAUCGGGUUGUUGAAAUGACAGAAGAAGGGAUUGACCCCAACUUUCAGGACGAAAAAACAGGAGGUAAAAAUUAUACACCUGUAGGCACAUUUUAAUAAUUCUGCCAAACCUCCUGUAAUUGUCACCCUUCCUCAUUCCAACCUACCCCACCCCCUCCCCCUAAAAAAGGAAAAAGAAGAAAACAGCAGUAUAAACAAUACAGCAACAAACUGUAACAAGAGUAGUUGGAGGAAGUGCUCUCAUUUGGCAGGCUCAAUCUGCAGUGUCGUUAAAACUGGAAAAAUUGAUUUUGUUAUUUUAAUUAGAAUGGAUGUUUCAUGUACAUGUACAGUACAGAGGUGUUGUGACGAAAGGUGGUCCUAUGAAAAAUUUUAGUUCAUGCACUGAGUCUGUAGAGGCAAAGAAUAAAGAAUGGAUGGUUCUUGGAUGUUACAAUUUAUAUUAUGAGCUGGUGAAACAUUGCUAUCAUGCAGUAAAUUAUUAUUUUAAUACCCUGGCUGUGUUAUAGUAGCAUACAACAUGCUUUUGUUAAGCAUACAGUACAUUUAGUUGAAUUAAAAGAGUUUCUGUAUUUUAACAUCAUUUAUCUGCUUGACCUGUAGAAACUCCUUUGUCAGUAGCUGCAAGCAAGCAAGAUUCUCGCGUAAUGAUAACCACACUAGUGAGUGGUGGAGCUCAGCUCGACUACAGGACAAGGGAGGGACUAACACCACUACACAAAGCUGCUGUCUGUGGUCAAGCUAACUCUGUUAAGGUAACUUGUCUUAGGAUGCAAAUAGAGUACAAUAGAAGCAGUGCUUGGAAUAAAGCCCUAGCUGACUUAUGAUCAGUUGCUAGAUUCUCCUUUCAAUUUGACUUGUAUAAUGCUUGUGAAUCAAAGAGAGAAUUAAUUUAGUACUAAAUCAGGAGUCACUUAGGGCCUUAGUAUCAGGCCUCUUGAUGAAAAGGUGGCUUUGAAAACAAUAAAAAGAUACGUAUUGUAAAACCUUAAACAGUGAUCAAUUUUUUCCAUGUGUUGCUCUCAAAAAUGAACAGGUCAGAGCUGUUUCCGCCUAGAUGUACAUGUACACUCUUUACAAUCAUGUAACAGAGUGCAUUAAAUUGUACCUAAUGUACACUGUAAGUGCAUCUAAAUUUCUAGAAUUUGCAACCAAUUUGUAAAAAAAUUAGUCACCACCUGUUUACUCUGAGAUAGAUUUAGCGUCAUUUAGGAUAAAAAAUAUAUAACUAUAUUCUGGAGGGUCUAACCCUUAAAAAAACAUACAGUGUGUAGUAGAAUUUGAUUUUCUAUUGGCAGUUAUAAAACCAGGCGACCACAUGUUACUUCAAUUCCUAGAAUUGGCUAGACAAGUAUAUUUAAAGGUCAAUUUCAGGGCUGGGAAUGUAUGUGCAAGGUCUUACAUGUACAUCAGUGGAUCACCUGACCCUUAGCUAUUAUGAACAUUGUACUUUAUGGCAUAUUUGUGCCACUAAAUCAGAGUCUGAUUAAACCUUAAAGCUAGAGAAAAUAUUCCUCAACCCCUUACAUGUACAUGUACAUCAAAGUGCUUAAAAUUAUUUCUAGGAUGCUCACAUAUCAUUGUGUCAUUUAAACUUUGUAGAUACUGUUGGACUUUGGAGCAUCACCAAACUACAAAGAUUCAAGGGUAAAGAUACAUAGAGUGCUUCUACCCGUUUUUAGUUUAUUGAUUAUUUUUACUGAUUAAGGAAGUGUUUUUUUUGCUUCAUAUUAGCUUUUAGGUUGUGCAUCAUACAUUCAACUAAUUGUUACACAUCCUAUUUCUGCCCAUUUUGGAAGUUCUACACCUGCACAUGGUCAUUUGUAAAGCGAAAUAAAAGCUUAUUUGAUUUUCGCUUUCAUUUGUUUUAGGGGCUUACUCCAUUGUUUCAUACAGUACUGAAUGGUGGAGAUCCAUACUGUUGUGAGAUUCUGCUAAAUGACCAUUCUGAAGUGCAUAUCGCAGAUCACCAGGGCAUGCAGGAGAUACACUUGGUAAUAAUCUUUAAAAUAUUUUUGCUGUGAACUGCUUGUUGACAAUAGGGCACCUGUACUUCUAAUUUUUAUAAUCAUUUUAAUUUUAUCUUUCUGACUUUCCAAUAUGAACAAAUAAACAAACAAACAAGUGGAAGACAGCAAAGGCAACUGCCACCACCAUCACCACCAUCACUUCUAAGUUCCAAAGAGAUUAAAAAUUAUUUCAGAACUAGUUGAGUAGAAGUUGACGACGUCAAUAAGUAGAAGGUCUCUGAAGAUACUUGUAGGUACUGCCAGCUACAUGUACACUACAUGUACACUACGUGUAUACAUGUAUUAGUAGAGAUGCAUAACCACUACUGAGUUGGUUCUGUUGUAGAAUUUUGUUUUUAACGUUUGAAAAUAACAUAAUAAGUCACCUAAAAUAGAAAAUAUAUCCCCUACUUGUGUGCACUGUAGAUAAUUAUUGAUCUUGUUAUUGAUCUUGUGUUAAUACUACUAUCCUUAAGGAGGCAGUUGUUCAAAAGGCCAAUAGUGCUAUCCACUGGGUAAAUCUUUAUCCAGAGGAGAAUGCAAUUUAUUAAUUUUUUGUCCUAAUACUUAUCCACUGGAUAGUGAUUUAUCUGGUCCUAGUUGUUCAAAAGCUGGAUAGCACUACCCAGUGGGAAAAUCACUAUCAGGCGGAUAAGAAUUUGGGAAGUUAUUGCAUUAUCCACUGGGUAGAGAUUUAUCCAGUGGAUAGAGGUGGAUAGCGCCAUACACGUUGUGAACAACUAAGGCGUGGUGGAUAGGCUACAGUGCCAUUCCCUUUUUUUAACUUCUGGGCCAAGUAAAUUUGCAAUGUUUUGAUUUUCUUGUACAGAACAAACUGUAGUGAACAUACACUAAUUUUUAUUAUUUCUGUAUUUUUUUUUGUCUACCAGGCAUGUAAGAAUGGCCUUGUUCAACACUUGGAGCACCUGUUGUUUUAUGGAGCAGAAAUCAAUGCACGCACAGCCUCAGGGAAUACAGCUUUACAUGUGGCUGCUCUGAAUAAUCAGGUAGGAUGGUACCAUAAUAGUAACUCUUAUAAAAAGGUUAUUGUUUGUGUUAAUUUAAAUGUCCCUCAUGAGCAGCAUGGUAAUCAGACCUGCUUUGACCCACCUUCACUAGAACUUACAAGUCCUACGUGCAGAUUAUAUGCAAUGCAGCAGAGACAAGGUCUUGUCUUGGUUUGUCUUGUUGCUUCUUUCCUACACAGUUGUGUGAUGUUUAGCUUUACAAUGAAACUGGAAGUGAGAUGUCUUGCUGUUCAAGCAAGUAGUUAUUGUUUUGGAACUCUAUAGCUGCACCAGAACCUAUGUUUCUUCCUGCUGCCUAAAGUCUGGUGCAGUUUCCUUGCUUCUGUUCACUAUUAUGAGAGAAACUCUAAAACUGGCCAUGGAAAAACCAAACUCACUAGAACGUGCUUUACGCGCCAAUAUUUCUUUUCUUGUCUUUUUUCUUUCCUUUUAGUUUUUAUCUCAACCAUCUCUUUUCAACUUGCCUUGUUGUUUAGAAGCGCAUUAGGUCUGAAAUUUGCUUGCAAUUUUACGAACAAACACAAACCUGUUCAACUCCCAUGUUAGUCCCGUGUUAACCAUCUACAUACAGCUAUCUCGAGGAAGGUUGUCGAAAAAAGUGUGCACCCGACAAUCCCGAACGGUAAUAUUGGAUGCGAUCAAUUCACUGUUCCUGACACUGUAGCUGGUUACUUUCCUUUAGCAUUCGCAAACAUAAUUUAUAUCCAAGGCCUCUGCUGCCAUUCUCUCAAAUUUCUUUGAAGAACGGUGAACUCAAAACCACCCACAAUACCAUUCGGGAUUGUCGCGUGCACUUUUUCCGACAAUCUUUCUCGAAGCUGUAUAAGUAUAUGAUUGUACUCCGCCCUUCACGGUUUAUUUUUGGAGUGACUACACAACAAUAAUUCAAUAGUUCCUUUGUAACCCUAACACAAACCGGAUCUUGAGUGACUUCUCUUUGUUGACAAGAAGGCUUAUGUCGAAACUGUCAAUCGUUAAAAAACAGGACCCUAGUUGUUUGUUGCCUUUUUUUUCUUCUUCCAGUUUUCCUUGUCAAAUGUGUAAUCAUGCGUUUUAAUACCAAGUUAUGUUUUAAGUAUUUACUAUUAUCAUUCUCAUUAUUCAUGUAAACAUUAUUCACAAGAGAAUGGUUCAUUGAUCGCGUCAUUCCAGUUCCGACUUAAAAAAUAUUGAAAGUUUACAGUCAGCAAUCGAUAUCACAUUGCGCUCGCCACGUGGUUUAAUACCAUGGAAAAUUAUUUGACUUACUGACUUACGAGACUGGUUAAAAUGCUUUGAAGAGCUGACAAGGUUUUUAACCGUUUUUAUCUUGUAAUCUAUUAGGACUAUUAGCUGAUUGGAAUUAAUUAACUUGCAUUUAAGACUACAAAUGAUAUUGUAGAUGCGAUUUUUAAAAAAAUAUCUACAGGUCGGCCAUUAGGUGUGAUUUCGAUGGGAGUUUAUUUUCAACUGAUAUGAAUUUUAAACACUUUUCUCUUCCAUUAGGAUGCGUGUGCUCGAGUAUUGCUGUUCAGGGGAGCGAAGAAGGACAUAUUAAACUACGCUAACCAGUCAGCUUACGAGGUAUGAAGAUCAUGGCGCUUUUCUUCGUCAACCUUUCUCAGGGUUUGAAUACAAUUCUUAUUCCCAGCGUAUUAACUUCAAAUUGUGUAAACAAGAAAGUUCUUCGCGUGAGCUUUCGUCCAGGUGCAAGAAAUUUGCGUGACUGUGUAAAAUUGAAUAGGACGGUUUUGUCUUAUAUUGGGUUGCGUUUGAAUUACACUGCAAGGCUGUCGUCGCAAUUGUUUUCAAUUCGUCUCUCCUAAAUCAAGACACCCCUGUCUUUUUCUUUAAACCAACUGUCACUGAUUUUAUUUCUAGUUGAAGAUUGGUGUUAGCUGGAUUUUCGUUUAAUCCAUUCGUUCGCAUGACAUUAAAUGCAAUACGCGAUUGAAAUUUUAAAUUCUUCCAUAAUUAUAAGAACAAGAUAAUUUACGUAUGCAUUGUCAGUUUACGAAACCUCAGAAGUGUUUUACUGGAAGUUACAGUGUUUGUGUCUUUCUUUUCCUUAGAGCAUUCGUUUUCAUAAUACGGGUUUUACGUUCCCUAGAGCUAUUUCUUGCCGUGGUUUACUAAUCAAAACAGUUUGGCGUCAUAAAAUCUAGUGAAUACAAACGUCAUCCCUGCUUGGUCGAACCACAGCGUGAGAUGGUUCUUUCCUUUUUCUUCCUUUCAACAUAAACGGGGGCUAAACUUCAGAAUAUCCGGCCACAACAUGCCUUAGCCUAUUGUGUUAUGCCUUUCUCUUAAAAGCAUUCCUAAACGUGGAGUGAUGUAUUAGAGUGAAACAAGUUCAAGCGCUAGUACUGUAAGUGUUAUGUGUUUGAGCACCGGCCAUGUCCACAUACUACUAAACAGCGAAAGCGUCGCUUGAAAAAUGUAGUCGCAUUCUUUCAAUCUUCAUUGCGAUUAUUUUUAGUCACAUACGUUGUCAAAAUAAUCUAGGCGAGCUCUCUUGGGGUUGAGUUAACAACUUAAAACUCCAGGAGAACCAUGCCCACGAAUCAUUCCCGAGUUCAGAGAGAGAAAGAAAAUUUUGUAGUUGCUUGUUUACGUCCUUCGUAAAACGUGACAUUAAGCAUUUUGACGUCGUAUUUGUGCAGUGACGGCAAAGAAAUUCACAAAAAAAAAAACGUGAUGCACUUGCGGUGAAAACUAUUGCUUUUUGGCGUUCUUGUAGACGUUACCCUCGUCGGGUCGUAAAGUCCCUUAUCUCUUCAUUCAUAAGGCUUGUCUACAUGCGCAAACUAUAUGCAUAAAGACAUAAGAAUUCUAGCUCUAACAGGUGUUUACUUGUGCUUCUGCAUUCUGCUGCCUCGUGGUUUAUUUCAAUUGACACCGCUUUGGACCAGACGAUUCAACAUCCACUUUCAUAAUUGCCAUUUGACUGUCGAGAGUUUGUCUACUUAUCAGAUACAAUUUGAAACUAUUCUAUCACCUACUCGAUAAAUAUUAUCUGGCAGCCGAUUUUCGGUAUUGUUCCGAUUUUUUUUUCACGGUCCACUAAAAUAUACUUGUACAGGUGUAAUAAUAAACUGCGCCGAUACUGUUGAGCAGACAGAUGGCGCCCACUUGAAGUUGAGGGAAAACUUUCCUGAUGCUAUGCUUUAUGCACAAGCCUAUGACAGUACAGUGGAACGAUUUUCUUUCCUCGUCCUUUUACUACUGUUUUCGUCCCGGUGUCAAACUGGUUGACCGGAGUGAUAUGACGCUCUUUAAAACGUACAAUCCCUGUAAUCAACAACGUGACUCCGGACACAUUACCCGUUUGGUCAGCCAUGAUGGAUUCAAAGCUGGCGCCAAAAUGCUUAAAAGUACAAAAUAGAUGCGCCUUCUAAUAUAACAACAACAUCUAAAUCUACGGUUAUGCAUGGCCAGGGUUGCCCAUCGCGCCGACAACAACAGAAUAAGUAAAUAGAUAAAUGAAUAAAUAUAUAAGAAUACAACAACAUGUUCCUAACAGUACACAUAAAAAGGUCUAAAGUCUCUGUCUUCCUGAUGUCUCACGUAAGUGCGUUCCAAUCUUUGAUUAAUCUCGGGAAGAACUGACUUUUCUCAUAGAUGUUGCUCGUGGAGACUGUAAUGGAAGCAUGUGAUCGAGUGUUCUAACCAUUGGCUGGUACAUUUAAGUGUAAUGGGAUUGGUAGCACAGCACUGCGUGUCAAUGACUCACAAAAGAGCUUCAGACGCCGGCACUUACGUCCUGCUUCUAAUGACCGCCUAGGUUUAUUUCCUUCAGGGUGUGUCUGAUGUUUACGUCAUAAGAGUCUUUACGGAUGGUCAAUCGCAUCGAUGACACUUCAUGUUAAAAGCCAUCUGCCACUUGUCGGCCCAAAGAUCGAGUUCACGAAGAUCCCCUUGGAGCUUGCGCACUAUCCACAAUUUUGUAUAGCAAACAAUUAUCAGUGGAGAGUCGGAUCUUGGAGAGCACAUUGUCAGGAAGAUGAGAGCGCCCAAGUGAGUACCUGGAGGAACCCGAGAUCUAACUUUCGCAAGUGCUGAGGCCACGCUGACGUUUCAGUACCACUCUCAUAUCCCCGACCUUAAGUUCCCACUGUGCCCCUUCAGUUUUGCGAGAAGACGUGGUGUAUUUACUGCGAUCCAUAAUCAGCACAUCAUCCACAUUCCGAACAUCAUCCCUCCAUUUAGAAAUAUCAUCAAGAACAGUGAUCAGCUGAAUCUCACAUGAUCGACCCUUUCUUAAACCAUGUUGGAACUCGACCAAGAUGUUGUGAAUCUCACAGUGCUGCCUAAGGUGCCUGAUGUCUAUACCUUUACAGCAAGUCGAGUUGAGCGAUACAGGUCGGGCCGCUAAAUUGCAGGAUUAUAAGGCCGAUCCCCUUUCCUGUGAACUUCUACUUUAUUUGCUGGACGCCGGUCUUGAGAGACUGCACCAAGAUCCAAGGAUACUGUGUAGAUAACUUGCAAGAUGGGUGCUAUUUCUCGUCGGUUGCCGCUUCCUUUAGCACUCUUAUUGGUAACAUAUCCGGGCCAUUUGUUUCGUUGGGAUUCAACUAGUUCAAUAGCUUUUACGCUCCUUAUGUUGAGAUAUUCUACGCUUAUACUUAUACAUUCGCGGUACGUGUAACUGUUCUUUUUAUGAAUGCCUGCAAGUAGUUUGAUACCGCGCGGUUGUUCUUAGUUCGUGUUUAAUGCCACUUAUGAAGAUGCGAAUGGCCGAAUCCGAGUCAGAAAUAGAACUGUUUGGGACAGAAGACAGUUUCUUAAAUAGACCCGUAAAUGUUAAGCCUCUUUUUGUAACACUGUGGUUUUGCCUAUUUUCCUGUCUUAAAGAAUGAGAAAUUGCUCUUUUACUUCGUUAAGGUCACUUGUCUGUGAAAUGAGGUUUUUUUUUUCCUACUUUUCGGUUCUAAGCGUUUUUACUGCUUCCGCCUACAAGUGAACAACUGUUAAAGUGCGGCGCAAAAACAACCAGUAUUUUGAAUUGUUUUAGGUAAACGAACAUUUCCACAUUGCUGGAUAUCAAGUUCGUUGAUAUGUGUAACGUUUUAGUGUGGAUCCUCCUAAGCGUGAACAAACUAGUUUAACGGACUCGUAUGGACGUAGCGCGAACGAGGAAACUUUGUGUGAAUGCGUUUCCCUUGUGGCUUGUGUAUUGGUACACGAGAACAAAAACGCCUAUGGCGCAUGUGGUUGCGUAUCGCUACACCUGCGCUUAUGAUCAGAGACAUAUGAUCCUGUAGAUUGUCGGUGUUUCCCGUCAUCCGGCAGUAUUUAUUCUUUGCCGAUUGCGACUUCAACUAAAACAUUUUCUACCUGCACUUUUAGUACGUGUAAAAUUCAUACUACUAAGCCGGCUAAAGGGGAGUACAAUCUGUAAAUCUAUAAUGGGUAACAAGAUUCUCUGCUCAAUGUUGACCGUAACUCUGAACAUUAUGUGUUUGAUCUUUCAGGUAGCCGCUGUGAGUGGUAACAAAGGACUUGCUGAAUUGAUCGCAAAUUUUACAGAGAGAGAUAUAGGUACGUUGAUGCUUCUGUGAGAAAGCAAAGUGAGCUCUUGAUGGUUUGGCCAUUGUGUAAAACAUUUUCUACGCGUUCAGUUAAAUUGUUCCUUUUCUGGGGUUGAUUUUGGUCGGGUAGCAUAGGAAUAUUUACUACUCGGCUCUUAAUUUACAACCAUUUUUAGCUGAGUUUAAGUGAAACUGGUGACAGUGGAGCAAUUAUUGCAGACCCUUCGCCGUCCUCUUUCGCUGAAAUAUUAGCUGAUUGUUACAAUUUUUUAUUACAAUGAUCACUUUCCGUUUUCCUAGUCGCUAAUAAAUUUUUGAAGUGCACUAAUGUACAUUACUAGGCCUCGUCCACACUUAACUCCGUUUCAGGAUAGAAAACAUGUUCUAUUUUUAGCUCUUUUGUUGGAUUGUGGUCUUCUAGCAAGCAGAUUGGACAAUAUCAUAAGCUCCGACUUCCCUUACCACUGAAAUGAUAUGUGUUACCAUCAGAUACAUGUAACUAACGAAAGCGAGGGUUUUACGUUAUACCGUGCGAAUUAGAACAACUCGCAGCUGCUAGAUUUGUUGCGUACGCAGCCACCAUUGGUUUCUCUCUCGCAUGGCUUUCAGGGUUUUCGAAGUCGUUCGCGUAGCUUGUCAGUUGCGUAGUUGGUUACGCGACUUCGUAAGACUGCGUAAACGCCAAGAGCGGAAAUCUCUGCUCGAUGCCCACGAUAAGAACUUUUAUAACACUUACUCUCAAGACAUUAACGCAUUCGGGGCUUGCUAGAGAUUCGCUUGAAUUUUUACUCCUCUUCCAGUAAUCCUAGUUACCUCCUUCCUUCAGGUCGGGAGAGCGCGAGAAAUACGCGAGUACGCACGAAGUUGUCUCCUGCGAGUAGAGUUAACCUCGAAUUGGGGAGGGUGAAGGCGCGGGGUAUUAUGGCUGUAUAGGGGUUUUUGCUCUUAUUCUCCUUUCUAUAAUCUCCUCGCGUUUAACAAGCAUUUUCGCUUGCUGUACUUUCCCUGACAAAAACAAGGCACUAUUCAUUGUCUUAUAAGUUAAGCGUAGAAAGUGUAAUUCAAUGUCAGUUCUAUUUAUUUUCUUUUCCGCACAACAGAACACCUGCAAACCGCUGGCAAUAAGUUUCAAAUUACACACGCCAAAAUGUUUCUAGCCGUUUAAAAUACCCGCGACAUGUUCCUUAAAAUAAGUGAUAUUUGGCGACUGUUUCACUACACAGCUGUCAUUUUUUUGAUUGGCAUAUUGGGAUCAUUGUGUUUUUUGGGGUUAAAAAUACUUAGGUGACUUCUAUUUCCAGCAGACGUAGCUAUUGACAAAAAUUAAAAAAGCAUUUGAGGGUAAUUCUUCGCUGUAAACCUUUGCUAUUAAAACUAGGGCAUUUUUUUUUUAAUUUGUCUUCUAUGGAGAAGCGACAUGUGCAUUAAAAAUUAAAAGUGUACAAUAGCUGUCUGUGUAAGAUCUUCCUUUAUAAUUGUUAGGCUUGAAUAUGCGUCAUUUAAAUAUGACUAAUUCAAGAUUCCUACGUUAAUGUGAGAUCAGUCUAUGUUGCAGUCGGUUGUUGGUGACCUCAAUGCAUAAUUAUUGUCCGUUUGAUCUUCCCAUGCCGUUGCUAGGUUUGACUUUAGAUAAGACCCAUUCGAGGUUCCCAUGAUGAAUGUAAGAACUAUGCGACUGUGUACCUGUGUUGAAUUCUUCUAAUGGUGAUUACAAUGUGUCAUAAGUAUCUCUGUCACAUCUUCCUGUGUCGUUGCUAGGUUUUGAAUUUAGAUAUGACUUAUUCAAAAUUCUCGCAGAAUGAAGGCUCGGUGUUGCCGUCGGCUGUUGGUGAUUACCGUGCAUAGUCAUCAUCAUCAUCAUCGAUCCACCGAAGAGCUGUCGACCAUAAGAGGUCUCCAGCUGGCUCGGUUCUGGACAAUGCGCACGAUAUCAUUCUCUGAGAAAUGCUUAUUGGAGUCGAUCCAUUGCUGGAAUUGGCUAGAAACGGACAUAAUAACUGUCUCUAUAAGAUCUUCCUGUGUUCAGUGUUGCCAGGUUUUGAAUUUAGACAUGACUCCCUCAAACCCCCGCAAUGAAUGGAAAAAUUAUAUGUGUUGCAGUCGGCUAUUUGUGGCUACAGUGUACAAAGAGAGUCUGUAGGGUCUUCUUGUUUAUAUUGCAGUCGGCUAUUUGUGACUAGUCCAUUUCUGUGUUGACAUUGUUAACUUGGAGUAUUUCUCAGUCUUGUUUCCUUUCUGAGAGUCUGAUUCUCAGAGUACUAUCCCGAUAAAGUGGGUAGGUUCAUUUACACGAAAAUGUGCGCGCGCGAUAACCCCACACAGACAUCUUGGCCAUGUAUGCUCCCUGAUGAUUUGAGUUUGUCACUCCUUUUCCUCAGAUACUGUAUGUCGGUGUAACCUGUUGCAAGCUUUCAGGUAGUCGGCACCAGCCAUUUAUAUGUUUUUGCUUCGUGAUUGGUAAUAGCUCUCUUCUGUUCAUCUUUUCUUUCCAGUGAAACUCUCCGCAAAGCCUACCUACAGCACAAGGCGUCGGAAAUCCGUUUCUAAGCCGAGGGUGUCCUCGAUAUUUACUCGGACCACUUCGGAGUCGCAGCUAUCAACCAAUAGUGACGUAACGCCCCCUUCGCCUGGUUCUUCGACCAACAGUUUUCCAUCAGUUACCGACUUUGAUGAGCAGAAUUCAGUUAUGAACGGAGAAAUUGAAAUGUAUAAUAACCAGCGUACAUUUUCCAUGAGUUCUACGGCUUCAGACUCGUCAGAAUCCGACUCAGGCGAGCUGUCCCCGAGAGAAAUUAAGCACAACAAGAGAACAUGGCCGCAGUUUUCCGGCGCAGACGAAAUGGCUAGAAGCAUUGUGCCGCCGGUAAAAGCUGUGUCUGGAGCAGCAACAAUUCGCAAACGUCUCUACGCAAGCAAACCUGGGAAAACGUUUGUGGCCAUCAGGGAUUAUAGACCUUUUAUGGCUGGAGAGUUGGCGCUAGAGAAAGGAGAUGAAGUUGAAGGUAGCGUUGCGUUAUUAAGGAUUUAAUUUUCACUGUGUUAAGAUAACAUGUUUUGAGUUUAAUUAUUUCACUCCAAGUACAAGUCUGGACGUGUUGUUUUCCUUAUUACGGUUUGAGAUGCUUUACGACCACGACUGUUGUUUUGUUUAAUGCUUAUCACUCGAGUGGAAAAAAGUGAUUGGUUUGUUAAGUUAAUGGACCAUAAAUUCCGUUUCUGGCUCAACGAAAGAUAUCGUUUCGAUGUGAUGUGUAGAUGUAGUCGUGAUGAAAUUUUAAUUUAAAGGUCAGACUAACUUGAUCCCUUGUAACACUAUCAAGUGAGUGCGGUGUAAGUUACGAAAGUGUAUUUUCUGUCGGCUUGUUUUUACAGUAGAAGCAUGUAGAGGCCCGGAAGCAGAAGUGUUCGCUGUUAACAGCAAGUUUCAUUUACUCAAACCUGUUAGUUGCCUUGUCUGCUGACAGCGAGCAGAAAAGAGACUUUCAUUAUUUUCUGGCUUAUGUAAAAUGUUUUUUUGAAGGUGUUAAUAAGCUGAAGUUAUUGUUUUAUGUUAUUUUAUUUUCUUAGUUUUUUGUUCUUUUCCCUUCACUUUCUGGUUGUGUGUAACAAUAUAAACUUCUUGUGAUUGCAGUAUUGUAUGUUGGGGAGAAAGGUUACUGGGAAGGCCGAGUGGGAAAUUCAACAGGCUGGUUUCAUCACUCAUAUGUGGAAGAAAAAAAGAAAGGUAAGUACGCGCCUACAGACACUCAAGUCAAUAAGUCAGGUGGAUUGAUAUUCUUAGUCUCAAAGGAGCGCUAAUCUCGCGACCUACUAAAACUGUUUUUAGGUGUUAAUUGAUAUUCCGUUUAGUCUCAAACGGAACUUGCUAAUUUCCCCCUAUUUUUCGUUUACCGUUUACCUACUAAAAAAAGUGUUUUUGCUAGUUUUGUCCACAAGAAUCGUUCUGGACCUUUUUAACAUUUCUAUUCUGAAUAUGUUUGCCGUUUGUCGACGGAUCUUCUAGGUUUUGAUUCGACGGAUCUUCUAGGUUUAGAUUUUUAUUUAGUCGUACGUCGAUAUUAUGUGUGAUUUGACGGUUUCGGCUCUCGCAUAUCUUGUAAUUUAUUGUCUGGACACAUUGUUUCUCGUGCAUUAUGAGUAAAGGCAAAGUAAGGCAAAGUAUAUUGGUUUUAUGAGUCCCGGAAUUUUUCUUGUCUGUCCUAGUACCAUUCAGUUCUCCUUGAGCAACUCUCACUGUUUGUUAUGUGGCAUCGCCGAUAAAUGUAGACUGCUUGCAGUCCGCCUUGUCUCGGCUCGCAUGCUUGAGUUUCGCGUGCAGUAAAAAUAAAAAAUAAAAUAAAAUAAAUGCACUCUAUUUGAGUGUCAAUGUAUUUAGCACGAAAGAAUACUAAUUGGGGACACAAUUUCUACGUCUCCUAAUGUACUGGAGACGGGACCGCCAUUUUACGUGGUCAUCGAACCUGCGACCUCCCGUUCUGCAGUAUUACGCUCUACCGACUGAGCUAACACUGCCGCAGUAACAUUGCAAACUAAAUGGACAACCUGUCAAUAUUUGCCAUUCCAAUGUAAAUUUACACAAAGAUCCGUUUCACAUCACGGAAGUGCUGCAAUGCUACAGUCAAGAAUAAAACUUUUUGCUCACUUUCGGUUUUGCAGGCUCCGGGAAACGUUUUAUUGGAUUUGUUAAAGGAGGUGCCCCCAGACAUCGUGAGCCUGUAAUCCUCUUGUUACAAAACUGUGAAACCAACGUAUCCUGCUCAUUCCAAUCGCAUGCAUUUUAAUUUAAAACUUGUUUUCUUUCUUGUUAUCAAAGCAGAUAAACCGAAGCUGUUUGGUCGUCCCACGUCUGGUUUAUGGCCUUCCAAAAGGUAGGGCUGACCUUUUAUUGCGACAUAGGUCGUAGUAGACAAAGUAGUUCCUAUCCACUUACAACGUUUCUUGUAAGACAUGAAAGGCGAGGUGCAUGUAAGAAAAGAUCCGAUCUCUAUAAAUUUGCUUUUUUUUUCUCCCUUUUUUUCAGAAGUGUUUGUUUGUUUGUUUGCGUUCCAGAGCGGGUAAAAUUAAAAGAAGAGGGAAAAAACAAACAAACAAAACAAAAAAACGACGACGACGGCGACAACAACUGGCCAGGGGGGCCGGCCAGGGGUUUUAUCUGCCUACACAUACUUGACACUCCUGACAAUGACAAAAAAAAUGGCCAUAAAAGACUUCCUUAUCUUGUUUUGUACAAUAAUUUUCUUGGUAACGGUGGGGGUAAAUGUGUGGCGAAGAAGGAAGAUAAUUGUUUUGAUAUAAAGGUCGUAACAGACUCAUAAGUCUACGUUCACUUUCAGUAUUUUUAAAUAUUUUCUCUUCAUUGAUUUUAUUUUAUUUUCAUUUAUUUUAUUCCUUUUUUGUUUUUAUUUUUAUUUUCAGUGAUACCAAUGGCAUAAAUCAUAUGGGUCUCAACAACAUACCUGAUCCUCCACGGCUGGUCACACUUCAAAGAAGUGCUGCCGGCUAUGGCUUUCAAAUGAGAGGAGCAAACUGUAAGUACCGCCUCCGUCCUAGGAAGUGAACUGCUCAGCGCUUGAAUAAAUAGUUUUUUUGGCCUUUUCUGCCUUAGAAAAGUGGCAGAUAUUUGCUUUCUUAAACCACGAUAAUUUAGUUGUCACGUGACAAGUGCCUUUCUCGCAAGGAGUGUCUUCUAAGUGAAGUGAAGAGCGGUGGAGUUUUACCUCAUCUUUCUUAAUAUUGCCUUUCAAUUUUAUCCUUUUUUCGAAUCUUAUUGUCCUUUGUCUUUGCGUAUUAUUGGUAUACUAUAGAAUUGUGUGAUAAUUAUUUUGAGAGGAUGGAAAAUGUUAUUUAUUUAUUCCAAGGAUAAAAGUAAACCACAACUCUUGCUGUAUUUCUAUUUUACUCUGUAGCUCAAGUGCCCCGUUUAAAUUUCGAGCCAACUCCUGAAUUUCCGGCUCUUCAAUAUUUUGGAGAACUAGAGAAAGGUGGUCAAGCAGAAAUGAAGGGUAUUAGAACUGGUGAUUUCAUUCUAGAGGUUAGUAGCCAAGUUGUCAACAUUUUUCCGCUCGCUUUUUUCAUCUCAGCGUGGUAAAUCUAGGCUAUGUAGGCAUGUAAAAGUUUGCAGGACAGCAGCGGGUUUUUCCCCCUGGGGGGUGGGGCGGUUCUCCAUUGUGUAACCUAUAUAGGUAUGCACCGCCCCUCCCCGCCCCACCCUAUCUGGUAGGGUUUUUGCGCCGUUUUGGUCUGAAAACGGGCAAUUUAAACGACUACUCAAAGAACUGUAAGGCACGGCAUUCGUGGAAAGCAGCUUUUUUAUUUAAAUAUUUUUAUUAUAUUAGUAUUAGGCAUUUUUAAAGCUGACGAAUUUUGUACCGUGGAUAAAUAAAGAUUAUCUAUCUAUCUAUCUAUCCACUUUGCCCAUUUUGCUCUGGAAUCGGGUAUAGGGUUUGAGGGAACUACGGGAGUGUAUGAACGAAUUUAUCGCUUCAAUUUUAAAUGAGUAAGAAGGAAAGAGAAAUACCUUACUUGUUUUAAAAUUCGCGUCGUACUCAUUAUCGCUCAGCUUGAAUUUCGCGCACCUUGUUAAAACUUAUUCACGCAAGUAAUUUUCCGUGUUCGUUCUUUUUGGUUUGUUUAAUAGAACUGUCAACAAUUAACGCAUUUAUAAUGAGUGUUUUUUAUCAACAAAUACUACAAUAUUUCUCAAAACCUAAUCUAAAAGCGAUUAGGUGGCUCUCAAAAAAUGCCUUCGAAACUAUGUAAAUUACGUAAUGUGAGCAAAAUUCAACUUAAAACAUAUGUCAAAUGUCUAUAUGCGUUAAUAAAUCAACUGAUUUGCAUUAUUAACAGGGAGUGUCUCAUAUUACACCAUGAAGCUUUUCGCGCGGCUUAUAAUUCGCGCAGUACUAAAAUUGGCGCACCCAGCGCUGCGCGAAUUCUAGUAUUACGCGAAUUUUCAUACAACUAAGGUAUGCGCAUUCGAAAUGGAUUUGAAGAAUUUUUUUCUUUGCGCUCCAAUCUUAGUUAUGAUAACAUUUAUUUCUUCCUAAAGGCCAGGUCUGAAAACGGGUAUGGAUUUUAUGGGUCAGGUCUAAAAAAACGGGUGUGGAAAAUGACAUUUUUGGGUCUGAAAUAGGGUCAAGGUUUGGAGGACCGGGUGGCACAACCCCCACCAAGAAUUCCCAGGAGUACCCCCCCCCCCGGCUUUUUUCUUUGUAUCCUUUUCACUCAGUCGACGAGACUGAACCUGUACAUUGAAAUCGAAAGUAAGCGCUGUUUUCAGAUACAGCAGAAAAUAGCACAAAGAUCGGCGAUAGGUUUCUUAUUUCCAAACCGAAUUGUUUCAGGUUAACAGCGAGGAUGUUACCGCUGCAACUCAUGGCCACGUGGUGGAUCUUAUAAAAAAGAGUGGUGAAUCAGUUACUCUAAAAAUAGUAACGGUAACCAAGGAGACAAGUCCUUCCAUUAACGGAAUAGACCAUGUGAACGGGCAAGGUAGAGUACAUUCUAUCAGCAGUUAUUGUAAGCGUUAAAUUUUGUGCUCAGACCUGAAGUUUUUUAACAAAAAGGAAUUGCGUGAGGAGCUAAGAGCAAAAGUAGAGGCUUGACCUACAGCUGACCAGAAUUUGGUAUGCUCCCACUUUCUGCAUUUUUUUCUUAACCAAACUCGAAUAUCGUUUUACACUCCUCCACUUUGUACCUCACUACUCAAUAGGCCAUUCCCGAGUUCCAAAAACUCUCAGUAAUUGCAAAACCUUUGUUGUGGAAAUUUGCAUGAGAAUAAAAGUCAGUUUUAUAUCAAUGGCUCCGCACUUAGAGGUAACUCGGAAGUGGCCUAUUUCUAAUUCACACCAUGCACUUUUGGUUUAUUAAAUUUCAGAAGUAAAACGCCUUGUUUAAAACUUGGCAAGAGUUGGUGGGUCUAUCGAACCAAAGAAAGAAAAGAACAAAACAAGGCGCGGGAUCACGCUGCUCAAACUGUUAAACCAGGGCGCUUUAGAAACUAACUGUGAAUCACUUGAACGCCAGCGCUUAAAGAAAAGGGCCUCAGGAAGUGGUCCAUUAUUUUUCGUAAACUUCGUCUUUAAAAAAAGAGGAGAGAAGAAGAAGCCUUUAUUGCCGUGGUUACCCACUGAACGACCCGCCGCCAUUUUUUUGUCUGGUUUGUCUGUAGUACUGGGAUCUUCCCACGAAAACAGGUCAUAUGGUGUUAGGAUCUUCCUCGUACUAGGAACCUCCUGCCUCUCAGCUAGGAAGAACAACCCUUUGCAUGUAACAGUGAAUACAGAAAGCAUUUGGAUGAUCCACCUUCUGGGAUCUUCCACAGGGUGUCCCAAAAGUUCGUUCCUCUACUUUAUAAGUCUGUAUUUCAGUAAGUAAGCAAAUCGUUUGAACAAGUGUCUUUCAGUCUAAUUCACUAUUUCAUACUUAGAGAUAUACAUAAUUAUUGUAUAGAAGACAGGAUGAGGCUUAACCCAAAAAAAUGUAAGGAGAUUGUUGUGAACUUUAUGGGAAAUCCGAACACGGUAAUGAGACCCCUGUAUAUAGGAAACCAAAUAGUAGAAAGCAUUUUAUCAUACAAAUUCCUUGGAGUAAUAAUUGAUGAGAACUUGAAAUGGAACUGCAACAACAGCUAAGGCAUCAAAGAAACUUUACGCCCUCGGACUAUUAAAGCGAGCUGGCGUGCAAGAACAAGACAUGUUGAAAGUCUUUAGAAGUAGUGUUAGACCGAUUUUAGAAUAUGCCGUGCAUGUGUGGCAAGACAUUCCUGACUAUCUGUCAGAUAGAAUAGAGUCCGUGCAAAAAAGGGCCUUUAUAAUCAUAUAUCCUAACAGUUCGCCCAGUCAAGCGUUGUCGUUAGUCAACGAAACUACACUCUCCAACAGACGCGAGCUCCUAUGUCGUAAAUUUAUGGCUGAGAUGACAGACACCCGUGACCACCCAUUAUCCUGCUUGGUGUCCACUGCUGUACAAAGAACUCAGUAAUCCUUAUAACCUUAGACCUGGUUCUUCUCGACCAUUCAAUAAGUUCACGAGAACUAGGAGAUCAGAGAACUUUUUACUUUCAGUUUAAAUGUUUGUCGUUUAUGUAUCCGUCAUGAUUAUCUUUUUGAGUAGUUUUGAAGUAGUAUAAUUCAUACAUAGCUUUAAUGUAGCAUUAUUAUUAUUUAUAACUGCUUGUUAAUUCAAGAGAGUGGAAUAAACGAUAUUUAUUUAUUUAUUUGUACUUGUUGUGUCAUCUUUUGACUUGAAUAUUCGAUUUGUGUGCUUCCGCGCCAAAGGUGCUCGUGCGCGAGUAUAUUUUCCAGCCCCAUAUUUUUUGUAUUCAGUAGCACGAAUUGCUCGAACUCCUUCCUUGUUUUUUGUGAAUAUAAUGAAAGAGAACACCCCCUUAACACAAAACCGUUCAGCUAUGUGAUGGCAUAAGCAUGUAUACCUCGAUGUACUGGCUUAUCGGUCGUAGAAACGGCUAAAAAAACUGGAAAAAUGCGAAUGUUGGGUGGUAAAAUGAUCGUUGAGAAAUGAAGGUUUUGAAGGCAAGAAACGAAGGGGAAGACCAAAAGUCCUGAAUAAAGCAGCUAAAAUAGUUUUAAGGAAGGCUAGAUACAAAAUAGGAGACUCGACGAGGAAGCCAAGUCCAGAAAGGGUCAUGAAAAGCGAAUGUUUUAAAAUUAGAGGCCCCUGCGAUGGCAAACAAAAAAAAAACCUCGGCUUAGUCUGCCAAGUAACGCUCAGCUCGUCUCAAAUUUGUAAAGAAGUACAAAAGCCUUGUUGUGGAAGGGAGCUGGGAUGAUUAUCUUUUUCGGAUGAAUGCAUAAAAUAUAUAUACAUAUAUUUUUUAGCUUCCUAAACUAAACAAAUAUUGUUUGAGGGUUGAACUGGCUGUUGCGCACCAGGUGAUAAAAAACCUCAAAAUGGAUCAUCUGACUCCAUGCCGCAACGGCUACAGAUUGUGCGAAAAAAAAGGCAUGCCAGUUCCUGAAAUUCUGAAUACAUGUAGUCGAUAGAGAAAUAAACAUCUUCGCGAAAUUUCAUGUUAAAGUAACGUUUGGCACAAAAGUUAUAGUGCUUGAAAUUAGAGUAACGAACUUUUGGGACACCUUGUAGUGCUAGGAUCUUCCUCCCCCCACUGUAAACAGCCCCUGUAUUGCAAGAAUGAUUAUGCACAACUUUGCUUACAUGUCAUACAUUGUGAUUUUGAAGGUUUCAGACACCCACCGCCUCCCCCUGACCGUGAUCCAUCUACAACACUGACACUUGGUCGCAUGAGUAGACUCUCGUCCAGUCGACCGUCGCUUUAUGGUUAGUAGCCAUCCUGUCAUUUUAUUCACUACAUCCGUAUUAGAAGCUCGUUCGUGAAUAGGGAAUGGCUGUAUAUAGCAAAUUAGAAAUGGAAAAGAGGCAAACGAGUCGUUCCGUUUUGCACGAACCAGGGACCGGUUGCAUAAAACGCCCGUAACAGUUACGGGUAUACGUACGUGUACUCGUAACUUAUUAAGUCAGUUGCAUUAACUCACUUACGUGGUCCACUUAGGGAUUUCACUUAAGUGGCUGCACUUACGAUUUUCGUAAGUAUCCACUUAAGUGUCAUGUAUGCAACGGAAAUUGCGGGUGUUGCAUAAAACCUUUUUUACGGGAAAAUUAAGACGUAAAUUUACGGCAGCUAUGUAGGUCCCGUAUCCCUGUUGUUUUUACUAAAGUUAACGAGAUCUUUUACUGAGAAGUAAAAGAAAAUGUUGUUUCUUUACGUAAUUCCGUUCUUAUGCGCUUUGUUAACCUCUGAUGUACAAUUUAAAGCCGUCGUUAAGAAAAAAGAACAACAACAAACAUUUCCAGUGGAUAUUGAAGUAAAAUAACGCUUUCAUGUAAACUUUGUUUACAUGAAACCCUGGGCCCGUUUGCAUAAAACCUGCACUUAAGUGCCCACUUAAGUUCGUCGCUUACGAAUCCGGUAUGGGUACACGUACGGGUGUUGCAUGGAACACACUUAGCACUCUAGUAAUUUAUUGUUUUACGUGGUAACUUGCGGGCUCACUUAAGGGCACACGUAACUUUGAUGUAGUACUUUAUUAGAAUGACUCAUUCUAUUUUUUAAGCUAACCAUUGGUGAAAGUAAAGAAAGUGUCUAGUCGUUUCUAACACUUGUAAGUCUCUCAUUGAAAUAAAAUUUGCAUGCAAUCCUUAUUUUACUUCAAUAUCUACCGAAAUGAUUAUUCUUCUUCUUUUUUCUCAACGACGGCUUUAGAGUGUACAUUGGAGGUUAAUAAAGUGCGUAAGAACUAAUUAAGUAAAGAGAAAGCUAUUUUCUUUUCACUUCUCAGUAAUAGAUCUCUUUAAUUUUAGUAAUAACAGUAAGGAUACGGGAUCUACAUAGGUCCCCUAAAUUUACAUGCUGUUUUUCCCGUAAAAAACGUCUUAUACAACACCCGCAAUUUCUGUUCCAUAAACGACACUUAAGUGAACACUUACGAAAAUCGUACGUGCAGCCACUUAAGUGAAUUUCCUAAGUGGACCACGUAAAUGAUUUAAUGCAACUCGCUUAAGUUACGAGUGCACGUACGUAUAGCCGUAGUUGUUACGGGCGUUUUAUGCAACCGGGCCCAGGGAACCGGGUUGCAUGCCGCAUGACCGCAUUGACCGCAUGCUGGAAUACAAUAACUGCUAUUCCGUCGAUUUUUCAUUCUUCACAGCCAAUUUGGGUCAAUAAUUAUCAGUUAAUUAACAAAUAGUAGGUUCUAUGUUUUCGCACGCCUGCUCAGUAGCAACAGGACGAAAACGUCAGUUGACGACGGCAAAACGCGCGGAAAGGACUAAAACACGUCUUCCGGUGCCGAAUUUGCCGUUGUGCCAUUGGUCAAGCUAGCUGUUUAAUUUGCGCGCGCCGUCGUCAACUGACGUUCGCGUUCUGUUGCUAAAUCAGCCUAUAUCGCAGAUGACGUCAAAAUGUGGUAAGGACAAAAACGUGGCCCUGUGACCGACCCGUGAAGAUUUGACAGUUUUGUUAUUGUUGCAUGGGCGUGCGCAUUUCUGGUAGUCUGAAAAAACCCAACCCACCCCCGCCCCCAAGGGCCCUAUUGAUAUCCUUGACUUGACACAUUUAUGAGCUUCUUUUCUGGUAGCUUUCUUGUAGUUCGUGUCAAGAGAAUAUAAGAGAGUAUAAGGGCCUGUUUACAUGGGAGAAGGAGACCCCAGGUAGGUGAGUUAACCCGCCUGUCCAUAUAAAAUCUCAUUUUAAUUUGAUCAUGUUUACAUGAUAGGUGGGAUGACCAUUUUGAGAGGUUAUACGAACAGGCGGGUUACCCCACCUAAGUGGGCUACCUCACCUAUCUGGGGUCCCCCACCUCCGUGUUACCAGGCCCUUAAAACCUAAAUUUGCCCUCGGAUGAGUAGUCUUGUCAUUAGAUUUCACCAUCUUAGGUAGCUGUACAUUUCGGAGCCGAGAACCAAUUGUUUAUCAGUUUGGCGUUGUGUGUAUACCCUCUGUUUUGAAUGAAGUUGAUUAUUAUUGUUUGUUUCUUUUUUCUACAGAAAUGAGUAUGGGCGACAGCAGCUACGAAGACCCCUCUUCCUACCGAGUAGACAGCGUCAUUACAGUGUCAAAAGAGAACCGCUGGUCUACUCUUCAGCGACAGAAGCCUCACUCUCGUAGACCGGUUGGUGUACAGCUAAAAGCCCAAAACAUAAACAAGCUGCGCGGAAAGUCAACCACUGACCUCAGUACAGGGAGGGCUCCUUUUGGUGAGAGAGCGCAUUCAAUGCAGAGCGUCGUGCCUCCAACGUACGACGCAGUGUUAAACAAGCGCCCUGUCUCAACUGUCAUCCCUGUGGCCACCCCACAUGUUCCUGGUGACCUGAGGAUCCCGCGCUCUAUGUCCAUCGAUAAUGGCUCUCUUUCAAAACAUCCUUCGACCUACAAAUCAACACCGAAUUUAGACAAAACUGUUAACCACGCUGAUGGCAUGAACGGGUAUGGCUCUCUUCCGCAUGAGGCGGAUCGUAGCAUGGCAUAUAAUAGACCAUUCAGUUACGUUGGACCAGAUUCACCUGUGCCAAGCGGUAACGAACUUCAAACAGUUGUAGCCACCGUCGUAGGAGCGGACUCAUCCCAAAGUAAAUCCGAGCUAACAGUUGUGGCAACGCCUGUAGAGGUGUUCGAAACGGGCACAGGAGCUCAAACAAGCUUACCCCGGCCUCCGGAGAAACCCCCUGUGCCGCGAAAACCUAGUUUAUCUGAUGCCUUGCAGGAAGCAGUGGCCGCUCGAGCCGAGCGGAUGAGUCAGCAGUCCUCGGACACGGAAAUGGAACCUGUUCAAAGGAGUAGGAAAUAUUCGGCUCCGGAUAGUGUUGAUUCUUCGUUCAGAUUAACGGAACGCAAGGAAAGGAGAUCUAGUGCUCCGACAAAAGCCAAUCCCCGGAAGAAGUUGGAAGCGUCGGAGAAGGUUCGUACGGAAAUAAUGAGCUCUCUCGAAGAGACAUUCAUUGAAGAAGAGAGCGGGUGUAAAUCACCGUUAAAGAACGGACGGUUUGAUUUUGACACACGCUCGCCCAAAAAACCUAUAAGUGACAGAGAAAAGACGCUUAUAAAUUCACAAACGGUCAGCUCUUCCUCGAAAGUUGAACGUAACGAUUCGGAAAAGGACGGGCUUGGCUUGGCUUCGUCAAAUGUUGUCUAUAGUCGCAGCACAAACCCAACCUCCCAGACACGCGACAUGAACAGACAGUUCUCGCUUGAUUCCUCCGAGGCUAAACGUCAAACGACUUUAUUAAAAAGUGACAAGCUAGAGAGGCAGAUGUCAGAACCAGUUAGUGUUGAGCGCAUCGUUAGCAGUAAUGCAGUGCUCGCUGCACCUACACCACCCCCACCCCCUCCGUCUCAGAUCCAGCUUAGCGCCCUUGCUAGCUCAACCAGUAGCCCGGUUCCACCCCCGCCACCAGUGACUCUUCCAAUUACAGCGAAAAAGGACACUCCUGGGACACCUGCUACCACUGGAUUAAUCACAACGGAUGCGUUGGCCGCGAGUAAAUUAAAGCUUAAAUCAGCGGUGAAAGACGACAGCAAUGUUUCCAAGGCUGAAUCACCAGUAAGAAAGCAUCCCGCACCGGCGGGUCCUGGUGACUCACGAAAUUUGGCCGAUGAACACAGCAAUCUUCUGGCCAAGGCUAUUGCUGCGCGCGCAGCUCGCAUUUCAGCCCAGCCUCAUUCAGAUACUGAGUUGAGUGUGACGUCAUCUACCUUGCAAAGGGUAAACAAAGCUGGUGUCGAGAGACGGCCCAGUUCUUCUGAAAAGACUCUUAACCAAGGAUUAAAUCUGGAGGCAAGAGGCGUAAAUUCUCGUGGAAAGCCUUCGCCUCCUGUAGCGCCCAAGAAACGUUUUACGUCACCGGAUUUGAGGCAUAGCGCACACGGGAGAGAAACGGGUCGUAGCGUUCCUUUCGACGUUCCUGCUCCAGUGUUGUCCGAGGAGGACAGAACUGUAAUGUUAUUAGAUGAAGUGAUUCGGAAGGAAGCGGAGAGCGAAAACUGGAGUUUGAAUUCUUGGAAUAGUGGCAGUGACUCGAGCUCAGACGUUUUUGUUCCUCCUGCACCUGUAUGGCCUGCAGAUCAUCAAGAGAAGGUUGAAAAUGCGUCCCCUAAGGCAUGGUACGAGAGUAGCUCACAGUCUCAGUUGGAGGAGAGCAUUCCGAAAGCGUCUGAAACUGAAAAGUUUAACAAGACUAUUACGACCAAGAAAGGCUUUAAAAUUCAGCUGACUUUCGAGACAAAGAAGCCCGCGGAAUCGCCGAACCCAACGAGAACUUCUCCCCAAACUGACUACAAUGAUAUUGAUCCCAUUGAACCUGUCAAAAUAAAUAUAGCCGAUUCUACUGUGAGAAAAGGCACGCCCGAAAACGUGCCUCUUAAAAAGGAAGGAAACGUGCAAGAAACCGAUACUGUAUCGAACACUGUUGUACUAGUGAAUUCGGAUAACGGGGAUAACAGCGUUGGAUUACCUCCGCCACUGUCAUUUACAGAUGCCGAUGAACCAUACACGGCAUUAGAUUCCCCUCCGCUACCUCCCCCACCAGAGUUUUCCCCAAGGGAGCCCAAGGUGUCUUUAAAUACCCCAGAAGAAGAUAACGCCGACAGUACACCAUCAUCUGCAAGAAGCGACGAUAGCGAUAAGGUAAAGUAAUUGUUUUAAAACGCUUGCCGCGAGUCCGAACUUUUCCAAAAAAAGGGGGGGGGAUCAUUUGUUUAAAAUAAUGUACAGAGGACAUUACAUGGCCGCACGAAGAUACGAAAUUUCUCUUCUCUUGUUGAACAAUUUCACUGGUUCGCCGGCUCAUUUGUGAAAUGUUUUUCAACACGAGAAGAGAAAUUUCGUAUCUCCGCAGGGCCAUGUAAUGUUCUAUUUAUUGAAUUAACACCAAUUAUAAAUACCAAACUAUUUCACUAAAAUAUUUUUUGGCUGCGUGAUCUUGACGUAUGAAUAUAGCGUGUUAUUUCCAUGUUUUCACGCGAAAACUCACUUGGUUUUUCACUGGUUUUUGUGUAAUUAAAUUGGGCUUAGAUCUAGUCGAGGAAUCUUGCUUAUUUAAAUAUGGUUAAUCUUGCUUGAAAUCGAGGGAGGGAGGCGAGCGAACUAUACUAUGGAGAUAGAUGUGGUUGAUAUCAUUGAAAUUGUUUUUCCCUUUCCAGGGUGCUGUCGGCUAUACAGACAUUUCGUCGAUAUUCAGUGGAUAUGCUAAGCCGAAGUGAGUAUACAUAGUCUGGCUUCUGUGCCGUAUUAUACUUUAAAACCUUGGUGUGAUCUUGAUCCCAUUUUAUUUAUUUAUUUAUUUAUUAAAUAAAUUCCAAGUUGAAAAAUAGGACUAUUUUGUUGUUUAAACACCUGUUACGUAUGACAUCUGUGAUAACAAUAUACAUUCUGAUAAAUAGAAAGCAUCAUCGUUUUUCUCACGAUGUGACUUGAGAUGUAGAUCGCAACGUCGCUUACUACUAGUAUUCAAUAUUGGAUAAAAUCGGCUGGUUAGCCUGUUCUCAUUUACAUCAGAUGGUCGUCUGUGAUUGGUUCAGUUUUGUGGAUAGAUCCCAUUUAGUUUUUGUGGGCAUUUCUACUGCACUGAAGUUCUUUUUCUCUGUCGGAUUUCUUUCAGGGAAUCUCAGAUGGAGAAGGCAGUGUUAGACUGGGACUGCAGUGACGUCUGUAACUGGCUGGAUUCUAUACAAAUGUCACAGUACAAGGAAACGUUCAUAGAGAACGACAUCCAAGGAAUUCAUCUGCCUGACCUUAAAAAGUCCGAACUGAGAGAGUUAGGUGUUAAAAGUUUGGGACAUAGAAUGACUCUAGAAAAUGCCAUAGCAAAACUUUCUCAACCUCUGGAAUCAAACUGUUGACGUUUACGGCUUGCUGUGUAGCUGCUUCAGUUUCCGCCAUGGUGCGAGAGCGCGCCGAUUUUCCACCACGAUCUCAGAAAGAAUACAAUGGUAUGAUGGGGAAGUGCAACUUAGAUAUUAAUGGUUUUUGUUGACAUGCUACACUCUAAGAAAAGAGACAAAUCAAAUUUGGCUUUCUGCGUUUUACUUCAGUCCACGUAAUGUUGGGAGAAUCCACAGAUUCUCAAAAAGACCAUUUGCUGUGGAGUGCUCAAACAAAGAUAUUAGAGAGAUUUAGAGUCACGGUUACGGCAAACGGCAAAAGUGAGAUUCAAAACAGGAAAUGAGCAGCUAAAAACAGCUCAAAACAAUUCUUAUGGAUAGAACUGGCGUGAUUCUACCGAUGUUCGUGUAGUUAUAAUGACAGUGAACGGCAAGCAAAAGGAAAAUCUUGGUCACGUGGUACAAACUUACGUUUGUCGUUUGCCGUAAACGUGACUCUAAAUCCGGUCUAUUAAUGUUUUUGUCGACAGUCUACAAUGAGAAAAGAAACGAAUCAAAUUCGUCGGUUGCCGCAAACUUUGAAUAUGUCAUUGUAUCUAUUUAGGAUCGCCUUUUAUCAUGGCACUAGCACGCAUGCGUUUCAUGUUAUUCAUUCCAACACUGAUAAACAUACUUUUUUUAAGUAUACGCGUUGGUUCAAUUUUUCCCUUGUUUCAAAAUCAUGAUCAACAAUUAGUAUACACAAUAAAAGGAAGAUAAAGGUUUCACCAAGGAGAAAUUCGAACCAUUGCUUAUACAUUUGUAUCACAAUCCUGCGGGAUUCAUUAGACUCUCGUACUUUUACUAUACACAAUCUUUAGCGCAAAAAGUGCGCGGUUGUGAGUGAGAAGCUGCGAGGAACGAAGGCGGAGGACCGAGAAUAAUAGAAAUACUUAUACACUCUUUCUUGUUUUCUGGGUUGCUCACCUCGCUCCUUCUGGCUUUUGCCUUUACGUCUUUUAUUGCUUUAUAUCGAUCCGAUGAAAAAAAACAUGCAUGAUUGCUCGUAGUCUAAGUAUACAGUAAUUGGGAAAAAGUCAGUUUUUCUGGGAAUUUAAUAUGGUCCGGAAAGCAAACAAUAAUAAAUAAUGUGGUUGGGAACUUUAACAAUGAAUAUCACAGUCAUCCACAAGAUAGUUUGUGUGAAGUGUUGUAAAAUGGCCGCACUUACUAAAACCCGGAACACUAGACACACUAGAACACGUGAAAGGAAUAAAACAAACAGAAAGAGCAGUUAACAAGGAUUAGGGGGUAGGUCUCUCUCUUUUUCAUUCUAUCUCUUGCCGGGUCUUACGAGUGCUGGAGGGUAUUCCGGGUUCUUCCGGUGUUCCGGGUUUUUAGUGCGUACCUAAAGUGACAACGUGUGUAAUCGACAUAUACGUCAAAGAGAGAAAAAUGUUGCUAAAUUUAUUUCUAAGAAAUGUGGCAUCUAAAGCAAGCAGUUUUGAAUCUCACUUCACAGAAUUUAAAUGUUAAUUAAGUUAAAUAUUCAUGUAUCCUCGCAUUCGUCGUUUAUCGAACCGUGGCGAACAGAAAUUGUAGGCAUAGGGAAUGUGUAUAGUAUUUUUGUAUUUAUCGCUUGACCCAAGGUAAAUUAGCAGUGUGUUCAAGAAAUAGAAGCUGCAUUUGCCAACUAUGUGUAGUCUACAAGGGGGAAACGUCCAUGCCAUAUGACAUGUUGUAGCAAAUUUAAGAACCAUCAUGAUUAAGUUCAACCAAAAGUGUCGGCCUUUUAUAGUAAUGGUAGUCCCAUAUUUUUCGUCGAGUAUUCAGAUUGUCGUCAGUUUAUAAUCAUUUUAGUGGUCAUUGUCCUUUCCUUAAUUGAUUGUAUACGUUUUAAAUCGAUUUUGAAAACAAAUAAGAGGUGUAGUUUCUUUUUCAGCCUCUUUUAACAAAUUAGCAGUUGAAGUUAGUCAGUAAUUACAAUGAAACUGCUUUUUGAUAGACUUAACAAUCAUUUAUUUUUGCAUGUAAUAAAGGCCUACCUUUUCAAGUUGUUAGCUGCCUGUUGUUAGUUUGAUUGCCCUUUGUGUUGUGUC